GCGUAAUCUGAAGAAUUUUACAGUUUACGGUUUGAUUCGAUCGCCAAAAGAGACGCGAUCGAGGCGGUCGGAUAUUUAAGGGACAAGAGAAGCUCACGAGAAACAAGGAUGCUUUUUGCACGAGCGGUGACGUUCGCCGUCGCCGUCGUCGUUGUCGUCGGUACCAAUGAAGUUAACGAAAAGAAAUGCGAGAGGAACAUCCUGUGGACUGGAGGCAGCUUCGAGUGGCCUUGCGAAGCCACGAAGAGCAUGUUCAAGAACAGCGGUCGUUACAUCUCGAAGAAUGUCCUCGCCACUAGAGUUGCGAUCUCCAAGGACGAUGCCAUCCUUGCUUUACCUAGAUUCAAGCCAGGCGUGCCAGCGACCUUAGCGAGAGUCUCCUUGAAAGAUAAGAACUGCCAGGCCAAUCUCUUAGCUUUCCCUUGCUGGUCGCUCCAGGAAGAAGGCAAAUGCUCCGCGCUGCAAAAUGUCGUGGACAUCUUUUUGGAUCCCCAGGAUAUCCUGUGGGUGUUGGACACGGGCGUCAUAAACUCCCUCGAGCAGCCGGAGCGCAAAUGCCCGCCGAAGGUUGUCGCUCUAAAUAUAAAAACCGGCAAGGUUGUAAAAACCGUCGAUCUGUCCGGCCUGGCGACCAACACGUCCCGACUGCAGUACGUCGUGGCGGAUUACAAUCCGGACGGCCGCGUCUUCAUCUACGUGUCCGACGCAGCCACGCGAGCGAUCCUGGUGUACGACGUGACCUCAGGUCGCGGAUACCGCGUCGUACUACCGCAAGCGGUGACCAUGAACUGCGAUCGCCGGGACGUGCUCUAUCUCGCUCUGGUGCGCCACAAUGACGGUAGCACCUGCCUGAUCUUCACGUACCUGGGCAGCAGCCGCGUGUUCACCAUCCGAACGGAUCAUCUCCGAAGCGGUAACGCCUACGGCAAGAUACACGAUCUUGGAGUGAAACCCAAGAAGUUGAUCAUUCUGGGCACGGACAACGGUAGCGCGCUCUUCUUCCGCUACGAGGGCGAGUCCGAGGUCUACAGAUGGGACAGCCUCACGCCCUUCUUGGCCUCCAACUUCCAGUCUGUCUACAAGAGCACCGAGUGCUCCCUGGCCACUCACGUCGUGCCCGAUUACAAGAGGGAUCGAAUGCGCGUCCUCGAAAGCAACUUCCCAGAUUAUAUGCAAGGCACCGUUGGCUGCGGAGUCAAUCACGCCUUAAACCUGAUGUAAGAGAGCGAGAUUGCGUUUUCGCCGAUUGUGAAUUAUAGAUCGAGGAGAAGGAAUAGGAGCGCGGAUUGAUAACAGCGAUAGGUUUCUCGGUCUCCGGGUCACCCCAGCCGGCGAACCGAGGCACUAUUACUAUUCAAUGAGAUUACCUUUCCACGCUAUAGAUUCGAAACAAUGUGUACUUUAUGCCAAUCGUCGUGCCUUCCAUUGCUAUAAGUAUGUAAAGUAAAGAUCACUCUUGUAUACUCAUGUAUGUGUAUCUGUGUGUAUGUAUGUGUGUCUGUAGCGUCGAAACUCGAACUCACCAAAAUUAUAUUGACUGCAAUGCGUUCUUUGCAGCCAACGAUGCAAAAAACCCUGACGGUAAGCGAAAUGUCAGUCGCUGACAUUCGUCGAAUGAAGAAAUAAACGCGUUAUAAAAA